GGAAUAAUUGGAGGGUAAAUACAAUUUCUUAUUUCAUGUAGGGAUGUCGCCAAAGUUGACCAUGAGAGUUGAUAUUUGGUCUAUAUUGGAGAUCAUUUAGAUUAUUCAGAAAAUUUAGAAUAAUGUUGUUAGGUGAUGACUUCACUUGCUUAUUGAGAUGAAUUUAAAGCUAUUGAAUGUGAAUAUUUGAAUAAACAACAUCUGAGGUCUGGUUGAUAGAAUUUUAAAAUUCAAUAGAAAAAUAGUGAAACAAUGAUCACCACCAACACUAUAAGAAACAGCCAACUCUGUUUUUAUGAUCUCCACAGAGUCCACUUCGAAAGCUCCCUAAUUUAUCAUAAAAGAAAAUCAUUUAUUUCUUCUCCUUUCCCGAGUCAGAAAAUGGCUGCUGCAGACAAUCCUGUAGAGGUUUCAAUUGAUGUUUUUCCUUAUCUUCGAGUUCUCAAAGAUGGAGCCGUCCAGAGACUUGCAGCAACUGAAGUGGCUCCUGCAGGCUUGGAUCCUGAAACUAACGUUUUAUCCAGAGACAUCAUCAUCAUACCGGAAACCGGCGUCUCAGCCAGGAUUUACCAUCCCAACUCUGCAAAACCUGAAGAAAAGCUUCCCCUUGUGGUAUACUUUCAUGGAGGAGCUUUUAUCACAUCUUCAGUUGCCGAUCCCAAAUACCACGCAAGUCUCAACAAUCUGGUUGCGGAGGCUGGUGUAGUUCUAGUCUCUGUCAACUACAGAUUAGCUCCAGAAUAUCCUCUUCCUACUGCGUAUGAGGACUCAUGGGCUGCACUCGAGUGGGUGGCUUUACAUGGUAAACAUGAAGCUUGGCUUAAGGAAUUUGCAGACUUUGGGCGUCUGUUUUUGGUGGGUGACAGUGCUGGUUCAAACAUUUCACAUCAUUUGGCCUUGAGGCUCAAGAAAUCAAUGGUGGGUCGAGAGUUGAAGGUGCUUGGUAUCGGCAUGAUCAAUCCUUAUUUCUGGGGACUGGAUCUGAUCGGAGUGGAGAAAACAGAUCAGUUCAGGAGAAAAAUGGUGGACAAUUGGUGGUUGUUUGUUUGUCCGUCCGAUAAAGGGUGUGAUGAUCCGUUCAUUAACCCGUUUGCAGAUGGAGCUCCGGAUGUUGCAGGCUUGGCUUGUGAGAAACUACUUGUUAUUGUUGCAGAGAAGGACAUACUGAGAGAUAGAGGGAAGCUUUAUUAUGAAAGAUUGGUGAACAGUGAUUGGCCAGGGAAAGCGGAGAUUAUGGAAGUAGAAGGAGAGGAUCAUGUUUUUCACAUCUUUGACCCUACCACCCAGAAGGCUAGAAGUUUGAUGAAAUGUCUGGCUUCUUUCAUCAAUGCUCCUGUUGUGUGAAAACGCCACGGACGCUGGUAAAGGUAAUUAGUGUGGAAAAUAAGAGAAGUUGAAAGAAAGCUACCUUUUACAGGUAGACCGUUUAAGUAAUAUUUUCUAAACAAUCCUGGAUGAUGUACUUUGUGAGAAGAUUGUUAAUGGAUUUCUGUUUAAUAUGA